AUGGCAGACCAGUUUUGUUUACGUUGGAACAACUUUCAAACGAAUAUAGUGAGUGCACUGGAUUCUUUAAAAUGUUCGGAGGAUUUGGUCGAUGUGACGCUUACUUGCGAAGGCAGAAACAUCAAGGCCCACAAAGUUAUACUGUCAGCAUGCAGCCCGUACUUUAGGAAUGUGUUCAAGGAAAAUCCAUGUCAACAUCCUGUUAUAAUUUUGAAAGACGUAUCCGCUGAUGAUAUUGUCAGUCUAUUAUCUUACAUGUAUCAAGGUGAAGUAUUCAUUGAAGAAAGUAAGCUAACAUCUUUUCUGCAUACUGCAGCACUAUUGCAAGUUAAAGGAUUAACUGGUGUUACGCAGCAGAACGAGAAUGUAUUUACAUCGAAUGCUGCCAACAAAUUGUACACACAAUUAACAAUAUCAUCAAAACCAUACUUUGGUGUAGCUCAUAAGGAAAAGAUUCCUGCACUUAAGAAAAGGAGGUGCAGUACUUCCGACAAACCUAAUGACGUACCAUUAACUGAAGGACAUAAGAAGAGUAAGGUGCUUGAACCGAGUGAUAUUUAUAACAGAAAUAACGGCCCACAGUCCUUGAAAUCUGAUAAUACAAUAUUUGUACCCGAAACUCAACCUGAAAAGAAAAAUGAUCUGAAAACAGAAAAUGUAACGGCUAAUGGAAAGAAUUCAAAUCAGGUAAGCCAGAAUGAGGACAUUCCAGUCACGGUUAAAACUGAAUGGGUUGAAGAUAGUAAUUCAUCUCCUCAGGCUCAAUCUGUUAAUUCUGACACUGAUAAUAACCUACCGGACUAUGAGAACAGUAUGCUUGCUAGAUCAUUAAUCUCAGGUAUAAAUCCAUCAAAAAGCGACAACACAACAAAUUCAAACAUCAAAAAGUCUAAUGAUAUGCAAAGUACUCGAAUAAGGGAAGCUAGUACGGAUUCAACGCAUUACAAUACAACAGUAGCAAAGAGUCCAAUAAAAAACAUACAAGAGGACACAGUCAAAGUUGAAAAAUCAUCGCCUAAGUUGGAAAUAGAAUAUGAACCGGAGAUAUUAUUAUCAGAACAGCAAGACGGUACUGAUUCUGAUUCAUACACUCAAGAACAGUCACAAGCUUUGUUACUACUAGCGGGAAUGUCAGCUUUACCAGUACAAAGUGCAUCGACAUCUCAAACGGUACAUCAAUCAAAUCACGCAGCCAUUUGUGGUGACUGUCCCCACUGUGGUAUGAAGUACUCAAAUCAAUCUGCCCUGAAGUACCACGUGAGAUUAAUGCAUUCAGAUCUAACUAACAGACUGUGUUGCUAUCUGUGUCCGAGAUCAUUCACAAUGAGAGAAACAUUCAAAGAACACAUGUGGUCCAGCCACGGUCAGAGGAAUUGA